AUGAACAAUUCGAAAGGAACUGUGCAACAACCGAAUAGCGAUGAGGGACCUGAUAGGGGCCUGCUCGGCUCGGGAAGAGAAAGCCCCCUUUCUGUUUCGGAAUUGCCCCAAUUGGACUCACACACGGUAAAUGAGGCUGAGACUCGUCGACAAGGUUCUCUUAUGGCGGCUCCCGAAGGACGGCCACAGGAAGCAUUCCAAGUUGCGGAAAAUUCCAUGGUUGAAUGGCCAAGAGGGCCACGCAAUGCCGUUUCGCGCAUUGGAUAUAUCAGUGACACAGCAGAAGCAUCUGCAGAAGACCACGGUAAAGUGGUGCUUACGACAGGGAAGGCCGAUGAAGUGGAUACUUUACCAGGCCCACCACCAACAACAGCUGUCACAAGGCAGCAUAGGGAAGGGAAUUCCAUGUUUGAACUGCCUUCAACAACAGACGCAGGGCAGAGAAGUGAAGCUGCACUGGAGCAGAAAGGCACUGGAACCGAACAGUCGCGUUUGCGGUCCCACGGAGAAGCAAGCAUCAUUCCCCAGAGCGUUGUCACCACGGGGGCCUCUGAUAGCCGGCGUGCCUCACUUCAAGAGCGAGAGAGAACUAAUGGUACAGGCAGUACUGCCAAUGACGUCAUGAACGUUGGGAGCUAUGGAACCCGGGCGCGAACAACGUCACCUGCCAGCAGAGCGAACAUGCAAAAAGCCAUGGCUGGGGUCUUUUCAACUGCGAAUGAGAGGAGAGCGGCCGCACUGGCCUCUAGGAUCAGUUCACGAGCUAUUUCGCGUGCGGAAGGGUCAAUAACAGACCCGAAGCUGCUCGAAAAGAAAUCAGAUGUUACCCAUGCAGCUGCUGAACAACUGCGAAGGAUGAGGGAUUUGAGCACGAACCCGCAACACGACGCUGACAAGACAGACGUAGUAGAAAGCCCUCACCUGUACACGGACCUUGUGAGUGCCAAGAUGGCCCCCGAAAGGGAGGGGAGCGCCUUAGUCCCAACGCCGCCCACUGCUCCUCCCAAGGACAGCUCUCCUGUAGGCCCUGUAGAGCCGACGGACUCAACAGUUCAGCAGCGGUCUCGAAUGCCGCAGAACAUGCAUGAAACUCAGUUGGAGCUUACUCUGGCUGCUGAAAUGGGGGAGCAGAGACGAGUUGCAGCAAUAACAUCCCGAGCUCGCUCACGUAUUGUUUCGAGAGCAGAGGGGACCGCCGAGGGAGGGCAGUUGGACUACCACACGAAUGUCGCAGAAGCUGCAGCAGAGCAGCUACGAAGGUUGGAGCGAGCUUCAGGAAAAAAAACGGAGCCGUGCGCCUCUUCGGUUAGCCCUCUUGCGAAGCCUCACUACUCAAUGGAUGAAAGGACUAACGCAGAGGCACAGACUAUCAGAGGGAUUUCAAAGGAUAAGGCCGACAUCAGCGCUCAUGCAGAAGAAUCGUGUCAUUGGGGAGAUAAAGUUGCAAGUGAACAGUUUCGGGAACGCCUAGAAAACUUAGCUGCUACCAUGUCAAGAUUGUCUAGGGAUGAGACUCAUCACUUUUCACCUGUGCCAGAUUCCGAAGAUUCUAGCAAGAGCUCAAACACAUCUAGGGCGUCGCCUGUUGCGGAACACGAUCAACAAGUUUCGAAGUUGAGCCUCCGUUCCCAGUCGGAAGAAGAUGCAUCUGCUUCUAGUGAAAGCUUAACUUCACUUAAUUCUGCACCGCGCCUUCCUGACGCAUCCAAUGCUUCCGAUAGCAGGCAGAGAGAACUUUCAAGUCCAUCCACAUCCAACAGGUGCGUAGAUGAGUCUGCAGAUACGCGAGAACAAUCUCCAUUGACUGAAGCUCUGCGAAAUGCUGAACUCUACCAGAAAAGGCAGAUGACAUUGGCGACUGAACUAGCUUCAAUAUGUGGUCCUACGAACAAAGAAAAAAGGGAAAAAAAGUGUGGAUCUGAAAGCUUUGGACGGGAAACUGCCAAGGAAUGUACAACGCCUGCUCCACGAACCGACCCACAACAGGCAAAGAAAAGAAGCAGAGACAACACGCUAUAUCCUUCACUGGAAGCCGCAAAGUCUGAGUACACUGCGAACGCUGCUUGCUCACAACAGCUCACGAAAACUCAACCGUUAGCAGCAGCUGCUGGAGCAAAUGAAGGUGUUCCGUUUGCGCCUAUUCAGAAGACCACUGCAGAGCUUUUGAAAGCCAAUGACUCAUCCAUUACUGUGAAGUACACUGAAAAGACAGAGGGCGCAGGGGCUCCUGUAGCGGAGGAAGGCGUUGUGUUUGGCCCGAUGACGAAGUCGGAAGCGGAGCGUUUGGAAGGGCGUGAUGCAUCGGUUAGUGGGAAGGCGGCUGGGAAGGCUGUGUCUGUUGGGAAACCUGCGGGACCUCCUGCCGCGAAGCAGGCAGCUGCUAAGAGCGGUGCGUUGGGUGGCGACAGUUCAGCAACAGCGGCGCCGGCAGCGCGGGGACCGGCUGCAGCAGUUGCAGCAGGUGAAGCGGAGAGAGGAGCGGUUGGGGCAGGCGCAGGUGUAUCGGAGGAAGGCGUUGUGUUUUGUCCGAUGACGAAGUCGGAAGCGGAGCGUU